UCUGGAGUUAACAGGAGCCUGCUGUGUUUUGGGGAGGGGGGCGCCGCGCACUGCGUCCGACUAGCCCGCCUCGCUAGACCCUCCUGGAGAGGGGGAAGGCCAGAGGACCGCUGGUUUUGCUUCCUGGGCUGACUAGAGCCGAAGAUGGCGAUGAGUGUAGCUGGACCUCUUGCCUUGCUUCUCCUGGGGUUAGCUGUCUCUCUCUUACAGCCCAGCCGCACUGCUGAGACCGAGCAGCCGCCCAUCCCCGCAGAUAAGUUAUUAAUUCUAACUGUUGCAACCAAGGAAACAGAUGGCUUUCACCGAUUCAUGCAGUCAGCAAAGCAUUUCAACUACACAGUUAAGAUCCUUGGGAAAGGUGAAGAGUGGAAAGGAGGUGAUGCUCUCAGCUCUAUUGGAGGAGGCCAGAAAGUCCGACUGCUAAAAUCUGCAAUGGAGACCUAUGCAGAUCAGGAGGAUCUGGUGGUUAUGUAUGUUGACUGCUAUGAUGUUUUAUUUGCUGGGGGAUCUGAAGAAUUGCUAAAGAAGUUCCAGCAAGCUAACCACAAAGUAGUAUUUGCAGCAGAUGGAUUGAUAUGGCCUGACAAAAGACUGUCAGACAAGUACCCUGUUGUUCGCAGUGGAAAACGAUUUCUUAAUGCAGGAGGAUUUAUUGGUUAUGCUCCAUAUGUAAACAAUAUUUUACAACAUUGGAACCUUCAAGAUAAUGAUGAUGAUCAGCUUUUUUAUACCAAACUCUACAUUGACCAAUUAAAAAGGGAACGUAUUAAUAUUACCUUGGAUCAUAAGUGCAGUAUUUUCCAGACUCUAAAUGGAGCUGUUGAUGAAGUUGUUCUGAAAUUUGAAGAAGGAAGAGCGAGAGCCAAGAAUUCAUUGUAUGACACUUUGCCCAUCACUCUUCAUGGAAAUGGACCAACUAAAGUCCUGCUCAAUUACUUUGGAAAUUAUAUCCCCAAUGGUUGGUCCCGUGAAACUGGCUGCAGUGCCUGUGACAUAGAUUUACUUGAUCUAGCUGCACUAAAUGAGAAUCCAACAGUAACAAUUGGUGUUUUCAUUGAACAACCAACUCCUUUCCUGCCCCGGUUUUUAGACAGAUUAUUGACUCUGGAAUAUGCAAAAGAAAAAAUUUCUCUCUUCAUUCAUAAUAAUGAGGUGUACCAUGAACAGCAUAUCAAGAAAUUCUGGGAAAAAGCCAAGAAUAUCAUUAGUACUAUAAAAAUUGUCGGACCUGAAGAGAAUCUGAGUCAAGCCGAUGCUAGGAAUAUGGGAAUGGAUGUCUGUCGCCAGAACAAAGACUGUGACUAUUACUUUAGCAUAGAUGCUGAUGUUGUUUUAACAAACCCACAGACUUUAAAACUCCUGAUAGAACAAAACAGAAAGAUAAUUGCUCCUCUUGUAACCCGUCAUGGGAAGCUCUGGUCCAACUUUUGGGGAGCGUUGAGUGCUGAUGGAUAUUAUGCUCGAUCUGAAGACUAUGUGGAUAUUGUCCAAGGGAACAGAGUAGGUGUAUGGAAUGUUCCUUAUGUUGCUAAUAUAUACUUAAUCAAAGGACAGGCACUCAGAUCAGAGAUGAAAGAGAGAAAUUAUUUUGCACGUGAUAGAUUGGAUCCUGACAUGACCUUCUGCAGAAAUGCCAGGGAAAUGACUUUGCAAAGGGAAAAAGACUCCCCUUCAGUGGAAACAUUCCAUAUGCUCAGCCCCCCAAAGGGUCUUUUUAUGUACAUCACUAACAGACAUGAAUUUGGGCGACUUUUGUCAACUGCCAACUACAAUAUUUCUCACUACAACAAUGACCUCUGGCAGAUCUUUGAAAAUCCUGUGGAAUGGAAAGAAAUCUAUAUAAACCCCAACUAUUCAAAGAUCUUCACUGAAAAUAUAGUGGAACAGCCAUGUCCAGAUGUGUUUUGGUUCCCCAUAUUUUCUGAGACAGCCUGUGAUGAACUGGUGGAAGAAAUGGAACAUUAUGGACAAUGGUCUGGUGGCAGACAUCAUGAUAGCCGAAUUUCUGGAGGAUAUGAAAAUGUUCCAACCGAUGACAUUCACAUGAAGCAAAUUGGGCUGGAGAAUGAAUGGCUGCAUUUUAUUAGAGAAUUCAUUGCACCUGUAACACUGAAAGUAUUUGCUGGCUACUACACAAAGGGCCAUGCCUUACUAAAUUUUGUUGUAAAAUACACUACUGACAGACAGCGAUCCCUCAGACCUCAUCAUGAUGCAUCAACAUUUACUAUCAACAUUGCUCUUAACAAAAUAGGAGAUUUUCAAGGAGGUGGAUGUAAAUUUCUGAGGUACAACUGUUCGAUUGAGUCUCCUAGGAAAGGAUGGAGUUUCAUGCAUCCAGGAAGACUUACUCAUUUACAUGAAGGGCUUCCCAUUCUGAAUGGAACAAGAUACAUUGCAGUAUCAUUUAUAGACCCCUAACAAUUUCCCUGGCCUCUUAAAAGACGUUUGGCUCCCGAUGACGAACUCUUAUUUAUAAUUCUUCUUGCAGAAGAUGAUGACAAAAGAAGCUUGUUCUAGAGAGAGCUGCUUUACUUUGGGCUAAAAUAUUGGGGAAACAGUUUUUGCAAAGUCAUUGGAAGUCUUCACGGAUCUGCUCUGAGCCUUGAGUCACAAAAUAAAAAACAAGUGUUCAAUCUCUUUUGCUGCCUUUAAAGAGAGAAAGAAUCCCACAACAUAGACUUUUCAUGAGUGUUUCCAGUUCUUAAAUGAAUGCAAAUUGUUGGUGCAAAUAUAUAUGGUUUCUUCAGGUUGUAAAAAAAAACAGUUUUA